AUGGCUAUUAACCCUGAUUAUCUUCGGUGCAAAGAAGAAAGGAAUAACGAAAGCUUCUUCAAGGUGCUUCAGAGUCUUGAUGUUUCUUCAGAAAACUUGAAGAUAAGAGCGCAAUGGGGAAGCUCUUGGGAAGUAGCAAUCUCGAAAAACCCGAGAUUCUACUACUUGGAGAAGUCCGGAUGGGGGAAGUUUGUGAGAGACAAUGCCUUGGGAAACAAUGAGUUUAUCACCUUCACUCACAAAGGAAAGAUGCGCUUUACUUUGAACAUCUUUAAGCAAGAUGGGAAGGAGAUGAUGCAACCUCCACAAUCCAGUUCCUUCUUGGCUUCUUCAAGCCGUGGUAUCAAAACAGAACAAAGGGAAGAUGACAAGAAGGAAGAGGUGGUUGUGUCUUCUGAGUUGAGCCCGACAACAGCUGCUGAAUCUAAUGGAGGAACAAGCAAAAGGAACCUCAACCUCGGAAAGAAGAAAGCUCGGGGAGAUUCCGCAGGUGCCUCUUCGUCUUCUGUGCCGAUACCAACAGCUUUUGAUAAGGCUCAUAUGCCCAAGGAAAAUGCAAUGUUUAAGAUCCAUCACCCAGAUGGGAAGAGGUCAUGGAAUGUGACUUAUUUGGCGAGUACAACAGUUGCAUUCUCUGCUGGAUGGAUAUGUUUGAUUAAGGAGUAUCCUAUUGUUGCUGGGGUUACUUGCAAACUUACACUCAUCAAACCAGACGAGCUGCUUCUUGUUGUCUUGAGACCAGAAGAGGAGACUGAGUAA